AUGUCCAUCAUUAGCCGUAACCUGGGCAUGACAAACCCGCUGCCGACGCUGAACCUGGUGAGCCAGCAGCCGGAGCCGGACAAGGUCAAGUCGGAUGUGAACGUGACGAACGCGGACGCGCACGACACCGACCUGUCGGAGGCCACGGCCGAGACGCUGCUCACCCUGUCGCCGGAUCAGGAGAUGAACCCUGGGAUGCGCAACUCUCAGCUGUCCGGGCCGCAGUACGCCUCUCAGAUCCAGCCGCACCAGGGCCGCAACCCGUGCAUCGAGCGCAACCUGGCCAGCGCAGAGUCCCCGACUACCUGGUUGGACGGCAACACGCUGGUGGAGCGGACGCCCGUGCUGCCCUCCAAGACGGUGAACGUGGACGCGGAGGGCGGCGGCGGCGGCGCCGGCGCCGUGGCCGAGGGCGUGCUCUGCGCCUACCACGCCCAGUCGGCCGGCCCCACCUACUACGACCAGUACGAGCAGGACGGCGCGCCGCUCGGCAAGAUCGUCGACGACGGCGCGCACAUGCGCUGCUUCUCGGACGCCAGCUACUGCUUCUCGUUGUGGCACGACGUGGCGGGCGGCGACAACACGAGCCAGCGUGCCUUCAUCGUGCAGGGCUGCAUAAACAUCGCGCAGCCGCAUGCGCUGUGCGACCAGCCCAGCUGCACGGCGCACGGCGAGAGCUCACGCGGCAACAACACCCGCUUCUGCUGCUGCCACGGCAACCUGUGCAACGUCCAGGUCACCUACGUGCCGCUGCCGGCGCCCGCCCCCUUCACGCCCACCGUGGACCUGGCCGAGCUGCAGCUGGUCGACGUGAUCGGCCGCGGUCGCUACGGCUCCGUACGCAAAGGCCUGCUGUACGGCGAGGACGUGGCCGUCAAGAUCUUCCCGGCCUGGUACCGGCACUACUUCAUGUCGGAGCGCGACAUCUACUCGCUGCCCUGGAUGGACCACCCGAGCCUGGCGCACCUGUACGGCGCCGACGAGCGCGUGACCGAGGCGGGCACCGAGUACCUGCUGGUGCUGUCGCACGUGCCGCAGGGCACCGUGCACGACUUUCUCUGCCAGAACACGCUGCAGUUCCAGCAGAUGUGCCGCAUGGCCAUGACGGCCGUCAGCGGGCUGGCGCACCUGCACACGCCCAUCGAGCGCAGAGGCCUCGUCAAGCCGGCCGUGGCGCACAGGGACGUCAACAGUCGCAACAUCCUGGUGCGAGCCGACGGCUCCUGCUGCAUCUGCGACCUCGGCUUCGCCAUGAAGAUCAGCGACGGACGGUGCUUCACCAACGGCGAGGAGCAGAACGCCGAAACUACCUCGCUGACAGACGUGGGCACGCUGCGGUACAUGGCGCCCGAAGUGCUGGAGGGGGCGCUGAACCUGCGCGAUUGCGAGACCUCGCUCAAGCAGGUGGACAUGUACGCCAUGGCGCUGGUGCUCUGGGAGAUGGCUACGCGCUGCGCCGACCUCUACCAGGGCCUGGACGUACCGCAGUACCGGCUGCCGUUCGAGGCCGAGAUCGGCUCGCACCCGUCGUUCGACCAGAUGCAGGUACUGGUGGCGCGCAACCGCGCCCGCCCGCUCUUCCCCGACGUCUGGAAGGAGACGAACCCGGCGCUGCGCCAGCUGCGCGAGACCAUCGAGGACAGCUGGGACCAGGACGGCGAGGCGCGCCUGACUGCGCUCUGCAUGCUCGAGCGCAUCACCGAGCUGCCGCUGCUCUGGGAGCGCUACAAGGGUAACCUGGGCAUGACAAACCCGCUGCCGACGCUGAACCUGGUGAGCCAGCAGCCGGAGCCGGACAAGGUCAAGUCGGAUGUGAACGUGACGAACGCGGACGCGCACGACACCGACCUGUCGGAGGCCACGGCCGAGACGCUGCUCACCCUGUCGCCGGAUCAGGAGAUGAACCUGCGCAACUCUCAGCUGUCCGGGCCGCAGUACGCCUCUCAGAUCCAGCCGCACCAGGGCCGCAACCCGUGCAUCGAGCGCAACCUGGCCAGCGCAGAGUCCUCCGACUACCUGGUGGACGGCAACACGCUGGUGGAGCGGACGGCGCGGCCGCAGCACGGGCUCACGCCGGCGCCAAACGGCGUCGUGCCUGCCGAGUGGCAGGCGCUGCUGCCGCCGCAGCUGUCCACCUAG